UAGUACCUGAAUUUCUUGAACUAAUCUUCUUAGACAGGGGAGCAGUUGGUUUUGUAAAAGGAAGCACGUAAAGAUUACGUUGAUCUUGUUUCGAACAACAAAGCCGUCAUCUGUCGUGGUCUCUGGAUAUAUAAUUGGUCAUCUACGAAGGUAAAACAGAAGCUAAAUCAGUUAAUGGGCGAAAUGGAAGUAGAUAGUGCUGCACUCCCAUUCAUUCGUCAAUGAGACCCCGUUUUUAUUUCCACUGACGUUGCGUACAGAGCUCAGGGUUGACACUCAAGAUGAGGGUGAUCACCUUCUUCGUGGUCGGACUGACAGUCCACGUGGUCUUCUUCCUCUCUAUCUUUGACAUCUACUUCACGUCUCCCCUGGUCCAUGGCAUGACACCCCAGGUGACACCACUGGCACCCCCUGCCUCCAGACUGGUGUUAGUGGUGGGCGAUGGCCUCAGAGCAGACAGCCUCUUCACACUGCAGAAUGGCUCAUCCAGGGCCCCAUACUUGAGGAGUGUGAUAGAGGAGAGGGGCACCUGGGGUGUGUCACACACACGUGUGCCCACAGAGUCUCGUCCCGGUCAUGUCGCUCUCAUCGCUGGCUUCUAUGAGGAUGUCAGCGCUGUUGCAAAAGGGUGGAAGGAGAAUCCAGUAGAGUUUGACUCCGUGUUUAAUGAGAGCAGGCACACCUGGUGCUGGGGCAGCCCUGAUAUUCUGCCCAUGUUUGCCAAAGGUGCCAGUGGAGACCACGUGCAUACUCACACGUACCCAGCAGAAGAGGAGGACUUUGCCUCCACAGACGCCUCCAGGCUGGACAGCUGGGUGUUCACUCAAGUCAAAUCAUUCUUUCAGUCAGCGAGGUCUAACUCCACUCUGAGGGCCAGCCUGCUCGAGGAUAAGAUUGUCUUCUUCCUGCACCUGCUUGGCAUCGACACAAACGGACAUGCUCACAGACCAAUGUCACAGGAGUACCUGGACAAUAUUGGUCUAGUAGACUCUGGUGUAGCUGAGCUGGUGUCGACAGUAGAGGAAUUCUUUGGUUAUGACGGCAGAACGGCCUAUGUGUUCACCUCUGAUCAUGGCAUGACAAACUGGGGUUCGCACGGUGCAGGCCAUCCCUCUGAGACGCUCACCCCUUUAGUGGUGUGGGGAGCCGGAGUUCAAAGAGCCCACAGGGUGACUGAACCCCAACCAUACAAUGAUGGCUACCUCCAAGGGUGGAAACUGGAGCACCUUCGCAGAGUUGACGUCAAUCAGGCAGACAUCGCUACCCUCAUGGCUUCUCUCAUCGGCGUGCCCAUUCCCGUCAACUCUGUUGGUGUGUUACCUCUUCUCUACCUUAACAACAGUGACCAGUUCAAGGCAGAGAGCAUGUACACUAAUGCUAUUCAAGUAUUGGAGCAGUUCAAGGUGAAAAUGAUGCAGAAAAAGGAGACGACCUUGUCUUUUCUCUUCACCCCAUACCAACUACUGACGGAGUCAAAACAGGCAGAAUUCAUCCGCAGGGCCAGAAUACUGAUUCAGCUGGAGAAGUAUGAGGACGCUAUCUCUCUGUGCCAGUCGCUCAUAUCCCAUGCUCUGGAGGGUCUGGUCUACUACCACACAUACGACCGGUUCUUCCUGGGUUGCAGCGUGGUGCUGGGAUUCGUAGGCUGGACCUCAUAUGUCAUCCUAGUCAUACUGAAGACUCACGCCAGCCUUAACAGACGUCCCAGUCUCCUCAAACAGAUUCCCAGCCAUACCCUGGCAAGGCUGUGCAUGUGUGUGACAGCGGUGAUCACGGUGUUCCUGCUUAUCCAAAGGAGCCCCAUUACCUACUAUAUUUACUGCCUGUUGCCUGUGCCUGUAUGGUACUCUGUCCUUAAAGAGUCUGGGACCCUAACAGAUUUGAUUCGCUCAGCUCCCUCUCUGCCACUGUGGAAAUGUUUUGGCUAUUUUGUGCUGGUGGCGUUUGGGAUCGAGCUUUUGGUGGUGAGUUUCUUCCAUCGCGCCAUGCUGACUGUGGGCCUGGCUGUCCUCUCGCUCUGGCCCUUCCUGACGGGACUUUCGGGCAAGGCCAAGUUCCGUUCAGUCAGCUGGUGUCUUGGCUGUCUGUGUUUGGCUGCUUUCCCCCUGAUGCCUGUUGUGGGUAGAGAGCCUAACAUACAUCUGGUCACCUGCGCCGGUCUCCUCACUCUCUUCACUUCAGCCUGCUACCUGUGGUCAUCACGACAGAGAGCACCGCUGCACCUUAGCGACAGACAGCAGUUUAUCACCCAGAUGCUCCAUGUGGCAGUGUGUGCGUACGUGCCAUCCCUCACACACUCCAGCCUGCAGCAGAAACAGGGCCUCCCACUUCUUAAUCAGAUCAUCAGCUGGGCCACGUUAGCAUCUUCUAUGCUGGUUCCAUUGCUGAGCUCUACACGACUUUUCCACCGACUCCUCAGCAUAUUCCUUUCUCUCAGCGCCACAUACCUACUGCUCAGCACCGGGUCGGAGGCCCUGUUCCCCCCUGUGUUAUCUUGGUUGAUGUUUGUGUGGAUCAACAUUGAACAGGAAGCUAUGCUUGCUCAGGGCGUCUCUGGCAGACAAGAGCUCUCCACUAUUGAUUUCUCUGCAAACAUCGACAUCACCAAGAUCCGACAGCUGAAGCUGGAUGACAUCAGAAGAUCUUACUUUUUUGUAUUUUUUAUAAUAACAGCCUUCUUCGGCACAGGCAACAUAGCUUCCAUCAACAGUUUUGACCCAGCGUCUGUGUACUGCUUCCUCACUGUCUUCAACCCCUUCAUCAUGGGAGGGCUGAUGAUGUGGAAGGUUAUCAUUCCAUUCAUAAUCGUAAUGUGUGCAUUUGAGACCAUCCAAGUUGCAACACAGCUCUCGUCAAGAAGCUUGUUCCUCAUUGUCCUGGUCAUCUCCGACCUGAUGGCUCUGCACUUUUUCUUCCUCGUGCAGGACUACGGCAGCUGGUUGGACAUUGGCACCAGCAUUAGCCAUUAUGUGAUAGUGAUGUCGAUGACCAUCUUCUUGAUGUUGCUCAGUGUGGUCACACACAUCUUCACCUCACAAAGACUCAUCCUGUGGAGGAGACCCAAGAUGCACUUCCCCUAAAUGAACAUAUGUCUGUGUGUGCAGGCACGCAUACUGGUUAAAUCAAAUAUAUAUUUAUUUGACUUUCUUUUUUUAGACUUUUUACAUGGCAUUUGCCUUAUUUAACAAGAGUUUGAUAUGGGAUAUAGGAUAUUUAGGACUCAGUUUACUGUAUGGCACGAUGCAAAACUCUCACACCACUUGGCUAAAUUGAGUUCUGGAAACCCCCGAACCUCGUCAUCACAGAACUGCUUGAAGCAUUUACAGCAUGAGUAUCUGUGAAAAUGUUUACAGGUUACCAUAGAGAGCUACUUCAGGUUUCACAGUAGAAAAUGCAGUGUUCAUCUUCUCGCCGGCUGUCAGCUGCUGUUGUUAUAGUAAUGCAUUUUUAAAUUAAUCAAGACGUCCCACCGUGAUAAACACUUAGUGUGUGGAAUAAUGAUUUUUAAUAGGACACUUUGCCAGAGUGGCCCCAGACUUUUGCAGAGUACUGUUUGCACUGUAUUCUUUUGUACACCACGUCUCUGUUUCAAUGGCAUUGUGUUUGCAUUAAUCAUUGAUGAAUUGACUAUUUGACUGUGAAUUAUGCCUUUGCCGAGGGCGCUGAUUUAUGACCCACCAAAGAAUGGUAACUCAAUGACUCAUGAGUAUGUAACACUAUUUCCUGUCAAGCUGCUUCAAACCAAACAUUGUUUAGAAGGAAAAGGGAUGUUAUUUUAAUUUAUUGUUGGUAUGUAUGUACCAAUAAAACUGAGGGAGUGGAUUGCAACAGUGUGUUGCACCGCAGCAACCAUUAACAGAAUUAAACCAGUUCAUCAAAGUUCAUCAGCCGCCACUAGUGGCCGGCACAAGGAUUGUGGCUGCAUUUGGAAAGUCCUUGGUAAAUGUCUGUAACUAAGAAUGUUGCCAUGUGCUGCUGUGGUUAGUAUUUUCUGAGCAGAGAGA